CCCCCACACUCCAUCAUCAUCAUCAUCAUCUUCACGAUUAUCCAUCCAUCCGUCUAUUGGAAAAAAAAAAGAAAGAAAAAACGCACCAAUAAUACCAUUUACUCUCUCACCCGUUACCAGGCGUGAAGGUACAUUUUACUGUAAGAUAAUAAUAAUAAUAAGUACUACAACCGUAACAGUAGCAUUUUGCUGUGGCUGCUGUUAUUGUUGUAUGUGUAGCAGUAUUAACUCUUGUUAACUUGUUAAUCACGUCUUCGCACUAUAACUACACUAAUUACGUUCAUUAGAUCUGUCCACUAAUCUCUUAUAUAUUACACCAGAUAUCUUCCCGUCCACCGACCAACAUCCAAUAUCAACACACAACACCAUUACGUUCCCUAGACAGCUCCUGCCCACCACCACCAUUCUUAUUAAGGAGACAAGCAGUGGUGGUAGGUGCUCUCUAACUGCCAUAGCCUCUACUACAACUAUUAUCAGUGUAAUAACCACGGUUAUUGUAGCUGUCCAUGGUGCCGUUGUAGUACUCGUAGUUGUUGUAGUCGCUGCUGUCCCAUCUGCCCCCUGUCGUCGUCGUUGUCGCCGCAGUCCCACCAUCACGUUUAUCAACCAUCGUGUGCCCACCACCAAGGAGACCAGCCGUGUCUACUGGUUUUAUGUAUGGAGACGUUACUGUAACAGGUCAGCCAAAUGUUUCAUGUUCCGUUCUAUUAAACGUAACGCCCUUGUGAAGCGCUUGUGGAAAAAUCGCAUUCUACACAAUGAAACCUCGAGUACGACUGAAAACGGUGGCGCGGGCAGCGGCAGCACGGGUGGUGGUGGUAGUGGUGGUGGUGGUGGUUGCUGUUGUGGCGGCGGCGGCGGUGGCACCACGCUUGUUUGCUGUUGCGCAGGUGGCACGGGUUGUGGUUGUGGUGGUGGUAGCGGCGGCGGAGGUAGUGACACUAAUGUCGGUUGCUGUGGCACGGGCUUGGGUGCCAAUGUUGGCGAUACGCAAGAACAAAAACAACAGCACUACCACCACCACCACCAUCACCGCCAUCACCAAUACCAUCAACAACAACAACAGCAGCAUGAACUCGUACAGGAAAACGACGAAAUCGAACCCCGGCUGCUUCACCAGUCGCACAACAACCACGACCAACAUCACCAACAAACAGAACAACACGAACACAACAACCAUCAACAACACAAAAGCAAUCAUCAACACAACAACAACAACAAUAUUAACCACAAUAACAACGGGUCGUCGUCGUCAUCAUCAUCACCAUCAUCCUCUUCAUCUUCCUCAUCAUCAUCGUCAUCAUCCUCAUCUUCAUCCUCAUCAUCAUCAUGUCCCUCGCCAACGCCAUCUGUGUCACCGUGCACGGACGAGAUGGAACUGAAGGCUGUGUCCCAUUCAAUGCUGAAAAGACUAACUGAGCCCCAAUUGAACGUCUUGCUUCAGUCUGUGGAGAGUAAGGGCGGCGAGACAACCGACUGUGUACUCCUGCCGAAGGGCGAUCUUCGCCUGGGUCGGCGGACGGUAGCGGCGCACGUCCUUUGUUGCCAACUGUGGCGAUGGCCAGAUAUUGGACCGGGCACGGAACUGAAGAGACUGCCUUGUUGCACAAGUGGAGAUGAUCCUUACUAUGUAUGCUGUAAUCCUUACCACUGGAGUCUCUUACUGAACACAGAGUCCUUACCAGUCAGUAACUGCGGAUUAAACACCGAACGGGUAAAAGUGACGACAGACCGCCUGUUGUUGGCAAGGGAUCCUGUUUCAACUGAAACUGGUCUUACCCCAACUCCCUAUCGGUUGUCUUCUUCAGAUGGUGUCAAUGGUACACAGAACUAUUGGUGCAGUAUCGCAUACUGGGAAAUGAAGGAGCGAGUGGGACGGUUAUUCCGUGUGCAGCAACCAGCCAUAAACAUAUUUCAACUCUUACCUCAUGGUGAUGGCAUGUGCCUCGAUAUUCUACAGACCGAGUCCAGCCAGGAGGCUGUUCGGCGGACCCGCGAGAAACUGGGACUUGGAAUCAUAUUAAGCAAAGAGGGCAACGGCGUAUGGGCGUACAACCGUUCGUCUUGCCCGAUUUUCGUCAACUCGCCCACGCUGGAGACCCCUAACAGCCGAGCGCUGGUGGUACGGAAAGUUAUGCCCGGAUAUUCAAUCAAAAUUUUUGACUAUAAAUGUUCGGAACAGUUUGAAGCAAUCCGAGAUCCUCAGUAUUUAGACGGGCCUUAUGACCCCAGUUCCAUACGGAUCAGCUUUGCAAAAGGCUGGGGUCCUUGUUACUCUAGACAGUUCAUAACUUCUUGUCCGUGCUGGAUUGAAAUUUUAUUGAAUGUCAAUAGGUGAUAAAUGUUAAUACUG